AGCAAUUCCGUGAAUUCCGCAAUGCUACCACUUGUCGCUACUUGAACACCUUCUCUGCGUCCCAUCUCCCCCACAAAACCCUCCCCAAUACUCGCAAUGCCGCGCACUCGAUCCUCCGCUCCCUCGGAGCCUCCGGCGCAAUCGGCCUCAGCGUCUCCUCCAUCAUCAGAGUCCGAACAACAACCAUCCAAACAGCCUUUAAUCCCAACCAAGCCCAGCAAAACAUUCAUUCUACCCUCCACAGCCAGCUCCGAAGCCCGCUUUCUCACCCUCCCCAAUCCCCAAACCAGCGAGCCCACCCGCUACUUCUUCUGCCCGCAACAGGGCGUCUACGAAUUCACCACCAUCACCACCGCCGCGCCCGCCGCACGAAGCAUUCUCUGUGCGCGCAACAACUCCACACCGACCACCACAACGUCAGAAGAUGACACCAUUGAAGCCUCACCUCCCACCGCUCAAGAGCCAGCGCCGCGCUCGCCACCAGCCUUAAUCUCCUCAACCGCAUCCAUCCACCUCGCCACACCCCUCGACUUCAUCUUCUUCCUGAUCCCCCUACUGACCACCGCCAAAGCCACGCUCUACCAACCCCUCGACGACAUCAUCGACUCCAUCCAAGACGAACUGGCCCCGCACCUCCGCCACGUCCUCUACAACGAGACCUUCCGCGCGACGAUCCACGCCCGCGCCGCCGCGAUCUGCGAUGCCGUCGACGCCGGCGGCGACGAGAAGCUGUUCCGCUUCAGCGAGAAGAAGCUCCUGAUGGAGCUGAUGACGAAAGCGGAGCGGAUCCUCGCGGCCCACGGGGGCAGUCUGCCCCCGAGUCUGGAGGAGAGGUUUGUGCGGAGCGAGCUGGCGAUGCCGUUGAUGGGGGUGAAGAGCAGCAGCAGCAGCAGCAGCAGCAACACGUCUGCCGCGGUGACGGUCGAAGUGGUUGUUUCAGGCAACAGUGAAGAGAAUAAAGAGAAUGAACUCGCACCCCAGAAAAAGGAGGAGGCCCCGGUGGUGGCUGAUGCGGAUUCGACAACGACAGCCGUAAAAUCAGAAGAGGAAGAGCUCCUUCCCGAAGGACCAUCCACCCCCGAUGGCGUGGCGGAGCUGCUGCGCAUCUCGACCGCGUUGACCUUCAUCAAGGAGUCGUACCUGUCCAGGGAGAUGGGGGCCCGGAUCGAUGAGAUGCUGGCGGCCCCGGACGCGCCCAGGGAUUUCCGGCCCAUGCGGGAGCAUCUCGAGCUGGUUGCGAGAUUGAGGAAGGAGGCCCUGGCGGCGAGGUCGCUGGGGGAUUUCAGUCGGAAGCGCAGCGCUGAGGACGAAGAGGCGGCGGAAUCGCGGGCGGAGAAGAAGAGGCGGCAGGAGGAAGAAGAGAAGAAGAAGAAGGCUGGUGAGUCGAGAGGUGUAAGAGACUUGAAAAAGGUCAAUACCACGGGGAUGAAGAAAAUGAGUGAUUUCUUCGGAAAAGCGGCAGCAAAAAAGAAGGCCUGACUUGGCUGUUAAUUGGUUUCGUCUUGAUGGCAUUUGGAGGCGGGCGUUCACUGGAUCGGAGAAUCGGUGUAUGUGAUUCUGAGUCAUUUAAAGAACGGUGUGCCGUGCUUGAUGAAGAUUGCAUCAUAUGUAGAAUCGGGAGGAUGUAGAGAUACUUGACCACGAAAUACGAGAACGGCGG